AUGGAAGAGGUGGAUGAACACGCAGAAGCAAAGUGUAUUACAAAGCAUGUCACCGCAGCAAGAAGCAAGGCAAAGAUGAACACUUUGAAGGCAUCAGCAAAUAGAAAGAAGAAAAGAGCGAUCAGGCUGAGCCAGAGUCCGAUCUCACUGAGCUGCCCUCUGAAGAUGAGCUGCCCCUCAAGAAAUCAAAGAAGUAUUCUGGUACCAGGAUGGCAAUUGAAUGUUGGCUCUGAGGAGGCUACUGUUGUGCAUCCAAAUGCAUGGGUGCAGGCCUCAGCAGUUAAAGAAAGAGGUUUUACAAAUGAGUCUGAUGAAGAUGUUGAAUGCUUCGCUGCACUGUCCAGCCCUGUCAAAGGUCCAAACACGCAGCUCACUCAUUGUGACUUUGCAGCCUACAUGCUAUCCAGGCUUCACUUCACGUAUGAGCAUGCAGAUAGAAACAAUAAAGCGGUAUUCUUUAGGAGUGGACCAGCCUCUACCAGUCUAUAUUCAUACUACGACUAUUGGCUCAUCAUUACACUCACACAAAGAACACUAUUGAUGUUCCUGGGCUUACAGACUUACCGUGCACUAUCGCUCUGGGUUAAGGGUGAUAUGGCAUUGGAAAAUGGCAAGGGGAUCCUGAUCAAAAGCACAAAUGUUGCUACUGGUGAUGCCACAAAUAGCGAAACUGCCUUUAGUGAAGCGAGAUAUGGAGCAUGCACAGUUGGGUACACAGAGGCAGCACAAAAACUGGGUGUCACAAAGCCAAAGAAGAUGGCCUGCAUUGUUGAGCAUGCAAUGAAGAUAGCGUUCACUGGCAAGUCUGUCGGAUGA